CCUCUGCUUUUUCUUUCUUUAGAAUCGCCCUCUCUCUCUCUCUCUAAAACCCAGAAUCUCACGAGUCCCUACUGAAACCAAAAACCUUUUCCGCACCACUAGGCACUCUAUCUCUCUAUUUCUAUUACUCCUCUAUUUGUCAAAGCCAUUGCCGAUGUAGAGUACGGUUUCGUUUCCGAUUUCUACUCCACUUCAGAGCGGUGCUACUGAAAUUUUUUUUCCCCCGAUAGAUGGAAAUGGGAGGGCCCCCUGCUUUGGUGGUAAAGAAGGUUCCACUUACACCUAAGGCAGAAAUACACAAGAGGUUUGGUGAAAAAGCAUGCUAUACGGUUGAGGAAGUACAUGAACCGACUCAUAAUGGAUGCCCAGGGUUAGCCAUUCCACAGAAAGGCCCCAGUCUAUAUCGUUGCCGCUUGCAACUUCCAGAGUUUUCAGUUUUAUCAGAAACAUUCAGGAAAAAAAUGGAUGCGAAGCAGUCUGCUGCAGAGAUGGCUUUGGAAAAGCUUGGCAUCAAUCCUGCGACUGAUACGGCUGCACAGGAUCCAUGGGAUGCAUUGGUUGCUCGUCUCUCAUAUUUAUUUUCAAAUGAGUUCCUUUCAUCUCCUCAUCCCCUGAGCUGUCACUUUAGAGCAGCUUUGCAGAGAGUGGGACAUCUCAGUUGUCUAGUUCCGAUAUCCGUCCUUGCUGUCUAUGAUGCAAAGCUCGGUAGUUUGUGUAAAACCAUAAAUCCAAAGGUUGAGUCAGAUCCGCUGUUGAUUAUGUCACUUCUGCUGAAGGCCGCUCAACAAUCAUCUGGUUCAGUAACUGCUCGUGAAGAUCAGCUUUCGUUGCAGAGAGGAAAUCCAUACCCUCCUGAGAUUAUGCAGACUCUGUUCAACCAGCAGUCGAGCUUGGCUGGAAGUAUUUGGAUUUUAGCAAUCCUUAUUCCGUGCUCAGAAGAAAAGGCUGUUGUACCCUUGAUGCUCAAGGUUGCCCCAAAUGAUUAUUACCUGGAUGUUAUUGCUCAAAAACUUGGUUUAUGUGAUGCUUCUACGGUUUUUAUUUCCAGGACUAUUGGCAAAGCUUCGUUAGAGAUGAGAUUGUACUUUUGUGCUCCCAAGUCAUGCCUGGGGGAUCUGUCAUCAGGACUUCUACACUCAGCAGAAGCUGUUUAUCCCAAAGGAUCUUUAAAUAAAAGAGGAAGUUACUUAUCUGGCCAGCUUAUAUAUGGUGAUGCAAUUUUGGCAUCUAUUGGAUACAAAUGGAAGUCUAGUGACCUCUUCUAUGAGGAUGUGUCCUUGCGCACAUUUUACAGGAUACUUGUAAGUAAAACACCCAGUGGACUUUACAAGUUGUCCAGAGAUGCAGUACUUGCAGCAGAGUUGCCUGCAGCAUUCACUUCGCGAACCAAUUGGAGGGGUUCAUUCCCAAGAGAACUCCUACGUACAUUCUGCUGUCACCACCGUUUAUCUGAACCUGUCUUCUCUAUCGUCAGUAAUCCCCUGGAAUCGUUGACAGAGUUUCCUGGAUCGCAGAAGAAGCUGAAGGUUACUGAGUCAAGUAACCAAGUAAGAAACGAAGGUGCAAAUGAUAUCAGUGGUAGUAUACCCACGGGAUCCAGAGAGACUUUUAGUUGUGAAGUAAAAAUAUUUUCCAGGUGUCAAGAUUUGAUUAUUAAGUGUUCACCAAAACAAUCUUUUAAGAAGCAGAAUGAUGCCUUUCAGAAUGCUUCUCUGAGAGUUCUCUCUUGGUUGAAUAAGUAUUUUAAGAAACUAGAUAUGGCUUUAGAGGAGCUGACCACUUGCGGAGACGUUCUUGACAUCCAGUUUGAUUCCCAACUCUUCAUUAAGGAGUUUUCUCUGGCCGUAUCAGUGUACACUUUUUGGCAGAGCAUUGGGGUUGAAGAGGAAGACAGAGUGCUAGAUUCAGCUUGUAUAAAUCAGCUAAACGGAAUGCUGGGAGAUAAAGUGGGCUUUAUAGACCUCAAAGGUCCAGAUUCUGGAGUCUCUCCUUCUAAUGGGUGGUUGGUAUGUAUAGUCUAUUCCAUAUGUUUAGUUACUGGAGGAGAAUAUGAGAAAGAACUUAUUGAAAGCACUGAAGAUUUCGAGUUUGAGAUAGGGUCUGGUGCUGUGAUUUCCUGCCUUGAAUCAGUUGUGACACAGAUGUCUGUUGGUCAGUCUGCAAGGUUCUAUAUGAAGUUCCCUCCUCAAGAGUUGAUUGUAGCUUCAGCUCGUGAGCCUUCCUUAAUUCUUCCGGUAUUAACUCCAGGAGGCUGCAGCUUAGAGUGCACCACAACUCUGUUGCGGGUGACGGAACCCUUGGAGGACCGAAUGGAGCAGGCUCUAUUCAGUCCCCCUUUAUCAAAGCAACGUGUAGAUUAUGCAGUCCAACAUAUUAAAGAAUCUUGUGCUUCGUCUUUGGUGGAUUUUGGAUGUGGCUCUGGAAGUUUACUGGAAUCUUUGCUAGAAUUCCCGACGUCUCUGGAGAAAAUUGUUGGUGUUGAUCUUUCCCGAAAGAGUCUCGCGCAUGCUGCAAAGAUACUCUAUUCAAAGCUAAGUACAAGUUCUGAUGCUAAUGCGUCAAGUACUUUUAUAAAAUCUGUGCUGCUGUAUGAUGGUUCCAUCACAAUCUUUGACUCUAGGUUGUAUGGAUUCGACAUUGGCACUUGCUUAGAGGUGAUUGAGCACAUGGAGGAAGAUCAAGCAUACUUAUUUGGCGACAUUGUGCUAAGUAAAUUUUGUCCGAGGAUUCUUAUCGUCUCCACACCAAACUAUGAGUACAACAUGAUACUUCAGCGAUCUACUCCCCAAGAGGAAGAUCCGGACGAUAGUAACCAUCAACAAUCUUGUAAGUUUCGUAACCAUGACCACAAGUUUGAGUGGACUCGUGAGCAGUUUGGCCGUUGGGCUUCUGACCUUGCUGCGAGGCACAACUACAGUGUUGAAUUCAGCGGAGUUGGUGGUGCCCCAGACAAGGAACCAGGAUUUGCCUCCCAGAUUGCUCUUUUCAGAAGGGGGGAUGAAUGCCCAAAAAACGCAGAUGUGACCCAUAAGUACCGUGUCAUAUGGGAAUGGAAUAGCACUUGACAGUAACAUCUGCUCUAUGAGAUUUCAAAUAAUUCGAACUAGUGCACAGAUGAGUAUUUUGCUUUAAACUUUUAGUCGGGGCUGCAGGGCAUAUUAGAUUAUUUGAAUUUUGCUAGGGAAGAGGUUUAAUUGCGAAAGGUGAUAUAUAGAUGUCUCACAGAUUGUAAGAAAAUGCAAUUUACUGGAACUUGGCCCAAUUGGCAAAAAGAACAAUUUCUCAGUGUUUAUAUAUAAGAUAUGACAUAUUGAUAUUCCAGGGA